AUGCACUCUUUAAAACACCUUGUGAUUAUAUUGGCGGCUGUGGUAACGAUAAAAGGAGGUAAGGAGACUGUUUUAAAACCACCCAGAUGAGGUGCAGUUCUUUUUAUGUUAGUGCUUAAUGCUGUUAAAAUGUUGAAGUCCAAAGAGGAACAAGUAGAAAGGCUUUAGCUUCUAGUGGCGACCAGAUAUUUAUUUAUUUACUUAUUUAUUUAUUUAUUUUAAAUCAAUAUUUAUCCAGGAGCAUGCAAUUUGGCAGGGCUAGUUUAAAUGGGCCUCUGGCACAAACAAAACAAAGACAGUAAAACAUUAACGACGCUGGACAAUUAAUUAGGUUAUAAAGGCAACAUGAACAGGUACUACUGUCUAAGGCGGCUUUUGAGCAUUCUAAAGCUUCCUUGGUACUUAGGAGUUUUCGCAAGAGGAGAACGCAGCAAGUCAUGGUUUCUGGUGUUGUAGCCAUAAACUUGGUGCGCCUGCCCAAACUUCGAAAGUAAGCUUCAUAGAAACAUUUUUGUUUUCAAAACAGACGGCAUGUAAUCAUCUUUAUCAAUAUUUUGUAGACGUUCUUACUUUUCUUGCCUAUUGUUUACUUGCGAAAUUUAUGGCCGAAUCAUAAAACCUACAAUGAAUCUCAUUUCCAUGCUCGAAUUGACUCUCCGAAAUCAGGGUAGCAUUAACUUGUAAAAAUAUUGUAUUUAUCACGGUAAUAGAGUGGGUAUUAUGUCAAUGUCAAAUUGCUUUAGUAAAUGUCGAUCAUUCUCUUGGCUUAACACAGUUACUACAAGCUGCAACUGGUAGUAAUAAUCCAUUCUUUCUCUCGUAUCUUCAGGCUUAUCAGCCGGGCGGAUGGCAUUUCGUUAUCAUGGACACUCGAUGACCGGACACAAAUUUCAGGAUAAAAUCACAACGGAUAAAAUAAGGAGACCAAGUAUAAUAAACAAAGAUAACGCCUUUUCAAGUUUUGCUUAUAAUAUCCCUGUUCCAAACAAGUUGCGUUCUUUGCAUUUGAGGAAGUUUGCUGCGAAUUAUGGGAAAAGGACCUUCCAUGGGACAGAGAAUGUAUCUAACGUACAAAUCGAAAAGGUUGGACAACCGCUUUCAUCCUACGCCACCACAGAUCCUAAAGAAAUCAAAGGCGUAAGACAUGCGUUCAAAUUGCCAAAUAAUUCCAUAACUGGAACUACUGGAGCAGGGCAAAUGAAUAACGUAAAAAUCGAAAGGGUGGGACGACCACUUUUAUCCCCCACUACCACGAAAUUUAAAAAAAUCAACGACACGAGACAAGCACUCAAUUUACUAAAUGAUUCCAUAACUGUAACUACUGAAAAAGGGCAUAUGAAUGACGUAGAGUACGAAAUGGUUGGACAACCUCUUUUCCAACAAUAUGGCACAAAACUAAAGGAAAUCAAAGAAAUGAAACAUCAAUCCAAGAUACGAAACUAUUCGUCGAUUGGAAUUUCGUCUACGGAAAUUGUUAAGACAGGAAAGCCAUUGAUGUUGCUCCCAGAAAACGAUAAUUCUGGCAGCCUAAAUAACGGUAGGAACACCAGUGGAAAGGAUAUGGAAUUUGAAGACGAUCACGAUGAUGAAUUUGCCAAAGGGAGCUACAAGGUAAAUACCUCGGACAGUAACAGAAUUGACUAUAACCCUCCCGCAAAUUAUCUACAAGCACAUCAGCCUGGCCAUGGAAAGUCAAAUCCCGUCACGACAGUAACUAAAGUGAACGCUCCAUUAAGUAGUAAACAAAGGAAACAACAGCCAACUAAUAAUAUGCUAGAUUCUUUUUUGGCAAGUGUACACAAUACCACUACCUCCUCCAGUUUACAGGGUUUUAAGAAUCAUAUCAAACUGCAGGUAAAUCAUUCAAAUGACGAGCUAACAAGCAACUUAUCAAGCAAUGGAUAUUUUCAAAGUACGUCCAUUCCUCAAGGCGAAAGCAGAUUGCCGGUAAUAAAUCUGAACUUUAGUCAAAAGAAUUUGGGACAUUUAUAUGGAGAUGGACAAAGUAGAAAAGUCUCAGGGGUAAAUAAUGUGGACGAAAUUUGGAAGGGGACUACAUCUCCUUCUGUGGGAAUGAGUCCAACGGGGGUAAAUACACAAGAAACGACACCAGUAAAUCAACAAUCGAAAUACGGAGAACAGACGGUGGCAUCAGACAAACCUAUUUACUUGGAGGAACAAGUUCUGCAAGAAGGACAAAACAAAGGGACACCAUUUACAAAUUAUCGAAUAAGUAACAUAAACGACCAUGCACAGAAUGAAGAAAAUACCGAUCGGUACAACGGUGAUUCCAAUGACCUGAUGUACAAUUUUCAAAGGACCGAUGAUAACAACAACGAGGAAGACGAUCAGGGAGGCUUCUUACCAGGAUUCCAAUAUGCUGCUAACUACCUGUCUUCUCCACCCUCUGUCCAGGGUUACAUGCCCGUUGAUGAGUUUGGAUCCCCCUUUUAUGGAAACGAGACAGGUAAAUUACCCUUGAUCAGUGCGAGUAGUACAUUUAGCUAGUCUAACCCAACACAGUAGAACACUUCAAGACCCCCGGGGCCAUAGCAUGUUCCAUAACAAUCAGUGGCGAUUGAUUUUAUACUCAGGCAAGUUGAGGCAUGCGCUGAAAGGCUAAAAAGACCCCACACAAAGAAUGCAAAGAUCUUUUUUAAUGAGGCAGAAGGAUCCAAGUAAAGGGUUCCACAAAGAUAUGAUAAGACAAAUCUCACUAAAAUAGUUUUGAAAAAUUUAUCACAAGCGUCACGAGACAUUCCUUGGACCAUGACGUCACAAAACCUGUUUUCUCAAACGGGGCAACGUUGUUUAACUUCAGCCUAAAAAUGCUUGUCAUCAAAUUGUCAGCGAAACUGUCUGGAUUGUCAAUUAGCCUUGCAAGUAAAUCACUUCUUAGCAUCUAAUGCAAAUAGGCCGAAAGACGUUCCAGAAAGGUUGUCUUAGUAAAAAGUGGGUUUUCUUGGGCAGUCGCCAAAGGAUUAACCUUUCCCAGAAGCCCAUAAUUACACGAGUAAUCGUAUACUGAAACGGGAUUGAGAAACUGAACAAGAUUAUUAAUUUACACGAUCGAACUUAUUGGCAUUUCUAUCGUGUUGGGAUGUAGAUGAAUAUUUUCAACGAGAAGCUCUCAUGGCACACAACAAAUACCGUUCUGUCCACAACGCACCACCUCUAGAACUUGACCCGCAGUUGUCUAUAGAAGCAGAACAACUUGCCCAACUACUAACAAAACCAGACGGUGCCCGCAAAAAAGUUGAUAUGGAGAAUGAAGGCGAAAAUAUAGCGAGAGGAUGCAGUGAGUGGGGUGGCCUAACGGCGAGUGGCGCAGUACACCGUUGGUAA